GCCCUCAUGUGGACUGAGUCGAAAACUGCCCCCAGGAACGAAGUUCGUUGGCUGGGGAACAGUGAGCUCUUGGCGAAAUUGUUCCUGAGUCCUAGGCACUCCAAGUGGCUGAGGAGGAGGGAUCUGUGAGACACUAGCUCGGCCUCUGACUGGGCUAAAAUGAGCCAGUCGUCGAGGUAAUUCAGAAUGCGGAUUCCUUUCUGUCUCAGAGGAGAAAGAGCCGCAUCUAUGCACUUCGUAAAAGUACGAGGAGCCAGGGACAGUCCGAAGGGCAGGACCGUGUAUUGAUAAGCCACUCCCUCGAAGGCAAAUCUCAAGAAUCGUCUGUGAUGGGAUGAUGAUUCUAUGCAUGGGGCAGAAUUGUUGUAUGUAAGUGUGUCAUGUCACAGAGUAUUGUUGGGGAAAUUACUUCGCAAUUGUUACUUGUCAAGCUACAGUACAAGUCCCAUGUUUUGGUUGGCUGGUAAUCUAAGGAUAAAAUUAGCUAGUUAAGUUGAUUAAUACGUACAGUGUAAGAGAAACGAAUGAUCUUGCAGCACAUGAUUGUACCAUUGAUAAGUCAGCGAGUUGCCAGACAAAGUUUUGCAGUGAGCAGUAGUGUUCUCGCCAUGCAUUGCGAGUAAUUUGAAUUUGGCUAGCAUUUUUAUUUUAUGGCGAUCUGUAUGUAACUGCCAGGUGACUGUGCCUAGUAAGCACAAGAGUAGGCUUUGUGCUGGACUUUAUUUUGCUUCUGAAAAAGAUCGUCUGUCACUCAUGCAUUUGUGGAAUCAAGCACAACAGCACCACCAAAGAAUGGAAAGAAAAAUAUACAUAAUGGUAUGAAGACGCGAUUCUGGAUUUCUUUGCUGCCCAGGUUGUAGAUUCAUGAAGUGUUUCAGUCACAAUCAGAUUAUUACACAGAUGCCCCAUUUAAGCACACACUGACCAAUCAAUAGACAAUUUACACAAAAGGACAGACCAUAGAACCCUAAGUUUGAAAGACAAAAAUUAGAAAUCAUGAAUUUGCCUUUGUGUGUGUGUGUAAUAGUUUGCUCCAAGUCAUUAUUAUUAUGCCAUCGAUGAGACUUCAAGAUAUAAUUUAUUGCUCAAUCCUAAUAAUUUCACUGUCGAGCUAAUGAUAGAUAUUAGAUUUUAGCCCUUCGUCUAAUAUCAUGGCCAGUCAUCACUCAGAACAUUUCUUCAUCUCAAAAUAUCUCAUGACAUGUGUAUUUAUGUGUUUUUUCCAGUUACAUGGUGAAUGUGGCAGUGGUAUCCAUCAAAUCUAGCAGUAAUGAAUGGCAGUCAAAAGAGCAUUCAAAUUGUCUAUUCCACUAAAACCAUGUUUAUUAUUAUAAUUAAUUUAUGUUUUGUUCUUCACCCAACUCGCCUCAUGAAUGACACAGUGGUGAUGUUCAUGUAAAAAAAGGAGUUUCCAAACUAGUGCAGAAAGUCCCAGCCUUUGUUUCCAAAUUUACAUCGAAAAUGUGAACAUGAUUUAAACAUGAUUACUAGAAGAAUCUGUGCCAAAUUUUUGCCUUUGUGGAAAAGCUAAGCAUCUCAGAAAUGCCAGCAGAAAAUCCUAUGGCUUUGCAUAUUCAAAAUGUGAACAUGAUUUAAACUCGAUCAUUUAAACUCAAUCACUUUGCUUUUAACUCUGCUACUGAAAACGGCAAGACGAGCUGACCGUAUCUUUCUGAUUUUUUUUCUUGUUUUGUCAUAGUCAGCAAAAACACGGAACUGGCCUUUUUAUUUUACAGCUUUUUUCAUCACUCAAAGAUAAACAUCCGCAUCUCAGAAAUGCCAGAAGAAAUGGGCUCUGCAAAUGAAAAAUCAUCAUCAUCAUCAUCAUCAUCAUCAUCAUUUUCAAACAGCACUCAGGCGAUAGACAACAACUGGUGCACAGAUUACCCCACUGCUAUGGUAAUCUCCUCAGCAAUAUCUGGGAGCUGUUUCCUCUUGGGAUUUCCAGUCAGUCUGUGGGUCCUACACGAGCUCCUUCAGAGACAAAGACAAAGAUCCACCAGUGACGUCUUCAUGCUCAGCCUGGCGGUUAUCGAUCUGAUUUUCACAGCACAUAUCCCAUUCAGUGUAUGUAAUUUCGCAAUAUGGCAAAGUAAGGAACUACAUUUUAUUUUACAAAUCAUCUACAGCUUAAGCUUUAAUGGUAGACCUCUGUUUAUGGCUUGCACUUGUUUGGACUGUUAUGUCGCUGUGGUUUACCCCAUAGUGUACAAAACCAGUAAGAAACUCGCUGCAAUUAAGAAGGCAAUCGCAAUAACAAUCUUUUUCACUAUACUAGGUUGUGGAUUGAUUAUGCUUACUUUAAAACGGCUAAUUACAGCUUCUUUUAUUGCCAUCUCUUUAAUCAUGGUACUGCCAGUUAUUGCCUUUUGUGAUAUUUCCAUACUUCGAGCCCUGACAAAACCAGAUCCAACAGGAAAGAGCAAAAUCCAUCCACAGAAGAAACAAGCUCUUCACACCAUCUCUAACAGCUUCAUCAUGACAUUUGUUGUCUAUCUGCCACCAGCGAUCAUUUUCUCAUUUGGAAACCUGAUGCCACUUAGAGAUAUCGAACGCUUUUGUUUUUUAACCACAUAUGGAAUUUGUUUUUCCACAGUUGGGUGUGUCAUUAUGCCUGUUCUAUACCUCAUCAGUGUCGGUAAGCUGGACACUUUUAAGAACUGGUGGAAUCGAUAAAGUACAUAAAGUAUAAUGGAGCACUUUCCACUUUUCUAUUCAUUUUUAUUCAUUUCAAAUAUUCCUGUAAUAAGUGACGCAUUGACAUUACUGUAAUACUAUAUUAGCCUAGUAAUACUAUAGUAAUGCUAUAGUGAUAAAGUAAGCAAAUAUAGUAUAAUAAUUAUAGUUGUAGAUAUAAUCUAUCGGAAAAUUAUACAAUCAAAUAAUUCAGACAUGCCUUGUAUACAUGCAUUGUGUCUAAAUAAUGAGUUGUGAGUAGUGUGUGUUCUAAUGUACAGCUAGAUUUUUUUUCUCUCCCAAAAACAAUCAGGAUUUACUUCGACUUCAUGAGAAUAAAGACAACAGGAAAAUAGUACAGCUUAUACAUUUUCAUUAAAGUUAGUGCUUUCCCACAGCACUGCUGAAUUCUCAAAUCUAAAUGUGCAGUAGCAUAGGCUGCAACUUUUAUAUUAAUGUGCUUGUUUUAAUACAUUAUCAUUUCUAUACUAACAGCUCAUUCACAGAUACUUGUAUGUGUUCCAUGUAAUCUAACCCCAAUAAUAAAAUAUGGUAUUAUUCAUAUGUUGAGAAAACAUAUUGUUUACACAAUUGUUUAUGUGGUGUUUUCUGUGAGGAGAUGUGCAAUUAACAUUUUUGGAAGGAGUCUCCACUGCCAGCAUGUUUUGACAGUCAGAGGUAAAGCCAUUCCUAUAAGUUUUCUGCCACUAGAAAGUCAUCACAACAGAAGUCAUUGCAGUUUCCUGACAAGCUGAUUCAUGUUUUUAUUUUUUUAACGACAGCAGAGAGAAAAAAGAGAGAUAUAUUAGGCUUUUGUCUUUUGUUACUUUUAGCAACAUGUGAACAAGAGAAUCAGAACAUAAAUUAUAAUGAGGGAAUGACUGUUUAUAGCUGCAGUAAACAUCCAGCAGUUUGUUUGAUGUACAAAGUGUAGAUAAUUGUGUAUGGAAAGUUGACUAGUUUUACAUUAAUGAUUUUAUGGGUUGCCUAUAUGAUGGUUUACUAUAAUGCGCAAUAACAGCAUAUCUAAUAUUUAAUUUCAGGUGCCACAAGGUUAUUAGAACAAACAGGUCUACCCUUUAAAAAGGUGAAAAUCAUAUACAUUGAAAAUAAAUAUAUAUGUGUAUGAUAUGAUGCGGAAUUCCUGUGCCAUAACAAUAUUGUUAAUAAUUUCCGGUUAUUAGAACAACACUUUCAAAGAUUUGUUAGUAAAUGUAACUUUAAAGUUUAGUUAGAUUAGUCACAUUGUUCUCUGUAUGACGGACGAUUGUAAUAUAUUUGCCAGUACUUUGUCCAUGUCCCUUGGCAGCUGGCAGUGGGGUUGAGGUCAGGGUUCUGUGCAGGCUGCUUGACUUCUUCCACACCAACCUUUGCAAACCAUAUCUUCAUGGACCUUGUUUUGUGCACAGGGGCAUUGUCUUGCUGGAAACCCUUAGUUUCAAUGAAGGGAAAACUUAAUGCUGCAGCAUACAAGAUGACAAUUGUGUGCUGCCAACUUUGUGGCAACAGUCUGGGGAAGGCCAACAUGUGGCUAUGAUGGUUAGGUGUCUACAAACCUUUGACCAUAUAGUGUAGCAGUUUUCCGCAAAUGAAAUUUAAGAUACGGUAGUGGGAAAGAAGGAAUUGCAUUCAAUCCCUAGCGGUAAAGCUGCUGUUCCUCCGAAUUGAGAGGAGCCAGUUGCAGUGGUUUGGGCACCUUACAAGGAUGUCCCAGUCAUUUCUGGCUAGAGCUCUAUCAGACACUUUCCACUGGAUGGAGACACCAGUGCAGAUGCAGGACCUGCUGGAAAGAUCAUAUAUUGGUUGUUUUGGGAAUAUAUAGGGAUCUUCAGGAGCUGGAAUCUGCGGCUGAGGAUAGAGAAGUUCUGUGUGAUCUUCUCAGCCAGUUGCCACUGUGACCUCCAGCAGGAGAAGUGGAAGGAAAAUGAAUGAAAGGACAACUUACAAUUUAGAGCAUAGUGCUGAGCUGUCGCUGUAUAAGGGCAAGUGCCCUCACGGAGCAAAAAUAUCACUUGGUAUAAAAGCAUCUGCCAUAUAAGUAAAUAUGAACUUGGGCUUUUUUUUUUUUUUUUUUGCAUCCAUACUUAUAUUAUAAUGAAAGACAACAAAUCAGUCUUUAAUUAUAUCCAAUGGGGUGAAGUUAACUUCUUAGAUGGUACAUUGGUGGAACAAAGGCUAGGGACCAAUUUCAAUAUGUAUUUUUAGGCUGUGUUAAACUGACAUAACAACAGUAUUAUAUUUGCAUUAGCAAAAACACUGGAAUGAUUUAUGACUGAGCUACCCUGAUUUGCUUUAUAAACAUGGCAAUGACUCAUGUUUGCUCCAUAUGUUAUUUGAAAUGUGGCUGUUUGUCUUUAUAUUCAACCUAACUUUGUUUUGUGGGAAAGAAGCUUGUUUUCUGCUAUUUUUGCAUAAUGCCUACAGUCUUAAUUUAACCUUUUAUAACACAUCUUAAUUUUUUAAACUCAGCUCAAAGCCGAUCAAAGUGAAUAUUGCUAUGCCAAAUAUUGAUAAUAAUACUGUAUAAUUCAUCAUCGUGUAUUGGCCGAGACACCUCUUCUGCUCUUCUGUCUUCUGCUAAAUGUUUUAUUAUGUGGCAUGAGACUCCUGAAGAACCAGAGUCCUUCCAAACCCCAAAAGUACAAACAGUACUUUGUUAUCCCUUUUGUAUUACAUUCUUGAUUUUUUUUUCCUUAAACACCAAACUAGCAGUUCUGACAGAAACUUAUAGAAAUAACAAAAAAAAAUAAAAUAAAAAAUCACCAACCAACAAACAUCACAUCACAUUUUA